UUCAAAAAAUGGUGGAACCGAAACCUACUCGCAUAGUAUCAGUCAAUGUUUAUAAAGAGUGUUACUUUUAAUUGUUUUUUGGGCUUGUCAUUAUCACUUAAUCUUUAUUCUUUUUUUUUUUUUCGAUCCCUUACAAAAUAGCUUUUUUUCCUUGUAUGGAAUUAAGCACAACUUCCGUCCCAAGUCUUUCUACUUAAAUUAAUCAGUCCUUAACCUGCCCUAAAUCUAAGUAUAUCAAUUUUACUAUAGUACAAGAAAUAUUUGUCACAUUUGAUUUACAUUCCUAAGGUGAGGAUACAAAUUAUUAAAUAAAAAAUUCUCACCUCAUGACACGUCAUAACCAAAAUUUACGUCUGGGCCUCAGGGUUUGUUACAGACAAGGCUUGGGCCGAAAUAAAUAACAUAUUUCUCAAAUUUAAUAAUAAAUAAAAGGGAUUGCCAAAGCGAACAAUACGUUGUCGUUUCGGCUGACAUUAUCGUCAGAUUUGCGAUUCUGUGUUGCAAUUUAACGACGAACCUAGUGCAAUUUGACUUCGUCCCCUGAAUAAUAUCGGAAGCUCUCAGGAUUCUCCAUAGCUCUGAAAGAAUCAAUCCCUUCAGCAAUGGCGAAUCCGAUCACCAAGUCUCUAAUCUCAGCUUUGAUCGCUCUCUUCUUUAUCUCAUCCUCUUUCGCCAGCUCAGAUGUUCCUUUCAUCGUGGCCCACAAGAAGGCAACUACGAAACGACUCAAAUCUGGAAUCGAGCGUGUUUCUGUCUCCAUCGAUAUCUACAAUCAAGGAAGCUCGACGGCUUACGAUGUGAGUCUCUCAGAUGAUAGUUGGGCUAAGGAAGUGUUUGAUGUAGUCAGUGGCAACAUCUCACAGACCUGGGAAAGACUUGAUGCUGGUGGUAUUCUCUCUCAUUCAUUUGAAUUGGAUGCCAAAGUAAAAGGAAUGUUUUAUGGUGCACCUGCAAUCGUGACAUUCCGCAUCCCUACAAAAGCUGCUCUCCAGGAGGCAUAUUCAACUCCAAUUCUGCCUUUAGAUAUUCUUGCUGAGAAGCCUGCUGAGAAUAAGCUUGACUUGGCUAAGAGAUUGCUGAUGAAAUAUGGCUCUCAAAUCUCUGUGAUCUCCAUCAUUGUCUUGUUCGUGUAUCUGAUCACUAGCCCAUCAAGUGCUUCAAAAGGAAGCAAGAAGAAGCGCUAGAAACUAGGUUAACUUAUCCAGGUUGGUUUUGUUUUAGAAACAACAGUUUCUGAGUAAAAUUUUCUGUAAUUUAGUCAGAAUAUUUACAGAAAUCUUUGUUUUUUGGGCGGAAUUUAAUUAGAACAAUCCACGGUUUUUAACGUGAGGAUGUUGGUGAAUUAUAUCCCUGCUUUAUUCA